AUGACGGUAUCCUAUCAAGCUCAAGUGGCCACUAGUAAUUUUAAUUGCUUCCUUAAGCUCUUGGCACGAUGGCGGGGCAGCAUUUAUAAAAUUAUUUGGAUCGAUUUAGCUGUGUUCUUGGUAAUCUAUUAUUCCUUCGGCAUAGUAUAUCGUUUUGUGAUGGGACCAGAACAACAACGCAUCUUUCAGCUCCUCGUCCACUACUGCCACAGCUCGAGUACGCUCAUUCCGCUCUCGUUUGUGCUCGGCUUUUAUAUAGCUGUCGUCAUGCAACGCUGGUGGACUCAAUACAUCACCGUUCCGUGGCCCGAUCCCCUCGCCGUUUAUGUGAGCACACUCUUUGUGGGCCAAGAUGAACGUGGUCGCAUAAUGCGUCGCACCGUAAUGCGCUAUGUCUGUCUCUGUCUCACCAUGAUCUUUACAAUGGUGGCGCCAAGUGUAAAGAAACGUUUUCCAACAAUGCAGUCACUAGUGGAUGCCGGUCUGCUGACGGACAAUGAGAAGGAUGUAUUAAUCGCUAUGGAUGAAAAAUCACCGAAGCAUCGCAAGCACUGGGUGCCGCUCGUGUGGGCCGCCAGUAUUGUGUCGCGAGCACGCAAGGAGGGACGCAUACGCGAUGAUGUUGCACUCAAGACUAUUUUCGAUCAACUGGAUGGAUUUCGCAAUAAGUGUGCCAUUAUACUACACUUUGAUUCGGUGCCAAUACCAUUGGUUUAUACACAAGUGGUAACACUGGCUGUGUACUCAUACUUCUUGGCGGCAUUAAUCGGUCAACAGUGGGUACCGAAGGUCGCCGAUGCUGAUGGUCACUUCCAUUGGGUAGACUAUUAUGUGCCCAUUUUUACAACGCUGCAAUUCUUCUUUUACAUGGGUUGGCUGAAAGUGGCGGAAUCACUCAUGAAUCCAUUUGGUGAUGAUGAUGAUGAUUUUGAGGUAAAUUGGAUGAUUGAUCGAAAUUUACAAGUUUCCUACUUCAUUGUCGAUGAAAUGCAUCACGAACAUCCGGAAUUAGUGAAAGAUCAGUAUUGGGAUGAAGUAUUGCCGGAGGGGCUGCCGUAUCCGGAUAAUUUUCAUAAAGCUACAACUGAUUUCGCAGGUGUCGGAAAGUCGGAUGGUGCAGCUCACUUUGUAUGGAAGCGGCGCGAUAAUAUGGCCACCAAUUCUAGUCUGCACAGCAGCAUUUCGCGCUUCAACUCUGCACUGAAACGUCUAGUUAGCAAAGAAGAUACAGAAACCACUGUCAGUCGUUUACGUCCUUCCAGCAGCUCAGGUACAUCUGGCGAGCAAAAAAAUCAACUUUCAACAUCCUUUCACGAAAGGCUUGUAGUCACAAAUAUAUAUUCUGCUGCCGCACGUCUAGCACACACGUCUGACCGCACGGCUGUAGUAGAAUCGAAAAGCUCCCAACUACCAGUUGAUCAGGCGCGCUCACUUUCAAGUAAUGCAAAAUCAAUCACCUACGCGCACGAACAGCCAGAGGGUGAAGGGAAGAAAGAUGAUUUUGAUUUGCUGCGUGAGGAGCGUGAGCGCCAGCGCUUGGAGCGUCAACGGCAACGUAUUAUGCAAAAUGUUUAUACUGCGACCAGCGCCACGGCCGAGCAGUUGCCUGCAUUGAUCGCUUCGGGUUUGAAUUUAACCACCCCACCAACUCUUUCGGUGUCUCCACAAAAUCUGGAGCAGCAGCAGAGCGCCCAUCGCCCAGAUACACUAAGUAUCAAGAGUAGCGGUAGUGCAAUCCGUAGCAAUGCAGCAUCAAAUAUUGAGACAAAGAAUGAGAGGGACGAUGAAGACAAGCAAGAAAAAUAA